AUGCGACCGCGUCGGCGUGGUGAACGCCGAUCCUUGAGGACUUUUCUUCCCGGCGUGUCUCUCCGCCCAUCCCUCGCUUUCGAUCCCCGCCAUCGACGCCUUUCAACUCCGCUUCUGACGCCUUUCAACUCCAACGCGAAAAGGUACGAGUUGACGGCCGCCGGCGCGAUCGACAUCGCGUCGGCCGUGACCGUCGACCUCGACGCCGCGGGCUUCCUCGCGAUCGAUAGCACGACGACGUCCAAGCUCGUGUUAGCCCCCCACGCUCUCGGUAGAGACGGCGACACGCUGUAUUCGUACGCGUUCGCUAUCGACGUGUCGGACGCGAACGGCGCAGCGAAGGCGUCGAUCGAUUUGCGACGGAACGUUUCGCCAGUCGCGGGCAUGGUCGCCGCGCUUCCCGUGAAGGGCGUCGCCGCGCAGACGACGUUCGCGAUCGCCGUCGGCGAUGGAUCGCUCGACCCGGACGGGCAUUUGCCACUGAUGAUACGCUUCACCGCGCUCGUCAAGGGCGCGCCCGCGUAUCAAUCGCGCUUGCUUCAAGACUACAGGCGCGUCCCAUCUGCGCAUUUGCGCGUGCAAAUGUUUUUCACCCGUCCAUCGCAUUCCUUAUUUAUUAAGGUCCCAGUAGCCCUACACGUACAGUACGAGCGGUUUCAACAUUUGAUCGAGACGCCUUCCGACUGA